AUGUCACGUCGCACAACUUUCGCAUUUUACAUUCUAGUUGCUAUCACAUUUAUCAUACUCGUUAGUUCCGCAUCGGUGAAUGCUUUUGUCGAAAGUUCUGAUCUUGCCUACGAAAAUGAUGACGCCGAUAUCUCUAAUAUGCCCUAUCAAGAUUUAGAAACUACCGUUCCUGACAAGAUCGACGAAUCAACAAAUGAAUUCUCAAACACCGAAAAUGAAGUCUCUCAAACGUUAAGACAUCAUAGAGAAUUCUUUAAUUGUAUUAUUUAUUGUUAUACUAGUUUAUCGACGGGGCAUCGUCCUUUUACACAAUGUGUUGAAACCUGUAUAGUCAGUUUCAGAAGAACAGCUUUAAAUAGAUAA